GACUUUGGCCAGUCUUGGUGUCCUCCAACCAUGGGAACAGCGGUUUAGGGGGUCGCCGCACAUGCACAGACCCAGACCCAGAGGGGCGCCAUCAAAAGACGACAUCACGUCAAGAGGAAGAGAUCAGCUUGAAAGGGGGGCUACGGCGGUGUGACACAUCGACUUGAGGCGAAAAGCUGUCAUCUCUGGAAAAAGGAAUACUUCACUCUUUUCUUCGAUACUUCAUUUUCUGACUAUUAUCUCACAUUUUCUGUGGUUUUGCAGCACUGAUUUGGAUUAUUAAUCAUCCUUUUGGGACAAUUUCAGCAUCCAAGUGAAUCUUUUGGAUUAUCCUCUGAGGUCGACUGUGUCCUUUACCUUUAUCUGAGGGAUCUACCUGCUUAUCCCCUCCACCUGGAACAACUUAGAUGAGCUCAACCUGCUAAUAACUAACCAAACAACAAGACUUGCAUUGACCAUUGUGUUUCUGCAAGAUUGAAACCCACUUGUGAACUCUGUUGGGUUUUGUCUCUUUACAUGCAGCUGGCCUCCUCUGGACUGACACUACAUUUUUGACCAGAAUUUACUGAACUCCUUCCCCUUCUCUUACUUUUCUCUUCUGUCUCUGUGUUGAUCGGUGCAUGGUAGUGAACCAUGGUGCUGCUGAAGAUAAAGUUCACCCAGCAGCGGCGGGUGCAUCUGGCCCAGGGCCUGUGGCUGCUGUCCUGGAUGACAGUGCUGUGGGGGGGCAUCAUCUUUUGUCUGGGGGUUUACCUAAAGACAGAGCUGCUCCGUAGGGCCGAGGUGAUGGACAACACAGAGAUCCACGUGGUGCCCAACAUCCUGAUGAUGGUGGGCCUGGCCUCCAUCGGCACCAACUGGAUGGCCAGUCGCGUUUGUCAGGACUCCUUGGACCCAGCCCGCUUCCCCCGCUGGAAAGUCCUUCUGCUGGCUUGGUAUGCCGUAGCUGCGGUGCUCUGCUGUCUGCUCAUCGCCGUCGUGGUGCUCAGCUUCUGCCUGCAGGGACGCCUGGAGGAGUCCCUGAAGGUCGGCCUGAGGAAUGGUAUUCGUUUCUACAAGGACACAGACGUGCCGGGCCGCUGUUUUCAGAAAGAGACCAUUGAUCGUCUGCAGAUGGAGUUUCGUUGUUGUGGAAACACCAACUUCAAGGAUUGGUUUGAAGUACAGUGGGUCAGCAACAGAUACCUGGACUUCACCCACAAGGACGUCAAGGAUCGUAUCCGGAGCAACGUGGACGGCCGUUACCUGUUGAAUGGCGUUCCUUUCAGCUGCUGUAACCCGUCCUCCCCUCGCCCCUGCCUGAGGUACCACCUGACGGAUAACAACGCACACUACAACUAUGAGUACCAAUCAGAGGAGCUCAACCUGUACAGCCGCGGCUGCAGGCAGGCUCUGACUGAACACUACAUGGAGCUGAUGAACUCAACUGGUCCGGGUGUGCUGUCAGUCAUCCUAAUACAGCUGUCGGUGCUUUUGAGCUUGCGCUACCUGCAGACGGCCGUGGAAGCAGCCAUGGCUCUGGAGGACCCAGCGGGCGACAGUGAGGGUUUUAUCCUGGAGAAGGGUAUAAAGGAAACCAUCGAGGAGCUCAAAGUUAAAGCCCUCAUCCUGCUAAAGUUUGGGCAGGUUGACGCCGAAGGUGAGGCUGGAGACGCCGAGAAAGCUGAGAAGGAAGCUACUCCUGCCAGUUAGAGCGGGACAAAUAUUGAAAUAUGGGCUUAGGAGGAAGGGAUGCAUGGGGUGGGAGGGAUGUGUUUGAGGUUUCUUGGUUGUGUGAGUUGGCAGGUGGCAGGUACAACACCUGUUGGGAUUUGACACAUUAGGCUUGAUUUACGCUCCACCAAUGCAGCAGCCGCAGCUUCCUCGCACAUGGCCAUAACAAGGGGAAUCUUAUCAGGCCCGGCACAGACACCAACACAAACAUCUCCUCUGUGCAGGACCUCGUGAAUGUGUAACCAUCACAGGAUCUGUUCAGGAGAUGUGUAGUACUUUUUGUUCUAACUAGAAGACAUUCAGUUUAAAGGAGCGUAUAGCGUUCACACAGACACAGACACAUAUUUAACACUUUUGGCUCAAAUUUGGCAAAGUCCAAAUCACAUGAUGCUGAGGUUCAUCCCGUGUGCACUGUAUUAUUGAUCUCACGGCUGUAGAGUUUGUACUAAACUGCAAUGAAAUGCUUAAGAACCUGUUAAAAUGGCACAUGAAUUAUAUAUUAAAGGUAGAAGUUUUUAACUGCUUCGUAGUGUCGGCUCCCUUUUGUACUUGUUAUAAUAAUAGAGGAGUAUGGGUUAUCUGAGUUCAGCAAGGAGAGUUGGAUUAAGUGUGUGUGCGUUUGUGUGUAUAUGUGUGCGUGAGUGUGUUGCCCUAUAUGAAGCUGUCAUCUUGUCUAUUCUGGCAGCUCAGAAACAAUCUGAUAAUCCUGGUGUGGUUAAUCCCAGAACUGCUGCACAAGCGGUAUCAGCACUCAGGAACACACGCUGUCAUACAGGGACACACUGAUACAACAUGUUGGAAGUUAUUUGAAAUGCUUUGCAAAGAAUAAUAUCGUUUAUGAUCUGUCCUAGACUGUGUUGCUCAUUCUUCUUAAAUAAAACUCUAUCACAGAA